AUGCAGGGGAAACCUCCUUACCCCCCUCCUAAUACUUCCCCACACCAUCACACCAUCACCCCACCCAUCCCAUCCCAUCUCUCCCCUCUACAGCACAGAGUAAAGCACACAGAGCCUGCAGUGCCUGAUCGCGCUAACCCAAAAGAUCCAUAUAAGAAGCUGCUGUAUCCACUCCCAGCUUCUCUAAAGAGGACGAAAAGGAUUCCGACCACAAGACAUGUGCUCCUGAGGCUUUCUCCCAGGCGUGUCCUCCUGGGACUACUGCUUGUGUCAUUGCUUGGGUGGCACGUCCUCGCCGUGUGUCCCUCCUCAUGCUCCUGCAGCCGCAGCCACCGGGAGGUGGACUGCUCCUGGAGAGGUCUAAGGCAGCUGCCCGAUGGCUUGCAGCACAACAUGCGCUCCCUCAACUUGUCCCACAACCGAUUUCACGACCUGGACAACCAGCUCACCAUGUACACCCACCUCCGCAUCGUUGACUUGUCUCACAACCGGCUGAGCCGCCUGCCCGUUGGCUUGCCCCGGUCCCUCUGGCACCUCCAUGCUGCCUCCAACCGCCUGCAGCUGCUGGACAAGAACGACACAGCCUACCAGUGGAACCUGCGGACCCUUGACCUCUCGAGGAACAAGCUGGAGCGAGCCAUCUUCAUCAACAACACGCUCAUCAAUCUGUGCACCCUUAACCUAAGCCACAAUCACUUCUGGACUUUGCCCACCAACAUGCCCAUGCAUGUGGAGGCCAUUGACCUGUCCCACAAUUUGCUUGUGAAGGUGCUGCCCGGCUCUCUGGACAGACUUCCCAGGUUGACUCACUUUUACCUGCACGCUAACCGCUUUUCCACUCUGCCCUCUGGAGCGUUGGACAAGAUAACAUCACUUAGAGUCAUCACCAUGGGCAACAACCCUUGGGCUUGUCACCUUUAUUCUGACAUCAGCUACUUAAUGUCCUGGACUCAGCAAACGUCUGCUCAUGUCCUGGGCUGCCCCUGCCAUACCCAGUCAGUCUGUGGAGGUAUGCACCCCAGCAGGACUGGAGGGUGGCACUUUGCUUCCUACAACCUGCCCCCACUGGAAGCAAAUGCCCAGGAUCUGAGCUCCAUUGCUCCUGGAGUCAGUGUUACUGGGUGGUUGCUUAUCCCAAAUACCCGUAGACAGCACUACCCUGUCCCCACCACUCCCUCCAUCAUCUCCACCAUGUCUAUUAUUAAUCACCUUUCUGCAACUGCCGGCCCAGCUGCCUCCGACCACAUGCUCCACACUGACUCUCCAGUCCUUCCUGCCACUGACAAAGACUCACCCUCUGACUCAUUCCACGCCACAGACAGAUCCUCUUUUUCCAUCAGCAGCGAAACUCCCAGCAGGGCCGACGUGACUCUGGCCGCAGACCGAUUCUUUACAACAGAGAGCACCUUUAGCCAAACAAAGAAAACAACAACACUUCGUACCCGGAGUGUGAGGAGGCACAAUCAGUCCCACCCCAGGGGCAUCGGCAGCAGCAGCACAGCUCUCACUUCCUGUCCCUCAGUGCUCUUUCUCUACAACCUAGGGCUUCUGCUACUCACUCUGCAAAAUGUCCUCUGAAAAUGAACAUGAUGACACUGACAGCUUAGUGAUUGCUGUGUGUUUCAGUUUACAGCACUGACUGGUGACGGAUGUAGUUCCUACAGCACAUAAAAAAAACAAGACCAUUUACAAUAGAAAUUACAGGCACGUCUUCUAAUUCCUGCUAUGCUAAAUAUGAUAUGAUGCUAAUUUUAUACAGUACUGUGCUUAGGCCACCAUUAGAUUUGUUGUUUAUUUAUUUAUUUAUUCAUUCAGACAUUAUACAAAUUGAAUCCGAAAAUACAGGAAACGUGUAGGCAGAAUGAAAAAGGAAACCAUUUCAGAAAAAAUGAGCUUCUACAGUAGCAAUGGGUGUGUUUUCUCUCUGCAAACAACUUCAGAAUCUCCUUGAAAAAGGGAACCAAUCACAAACCCCUGGCACGGUAGAGACGGGCUUGACGCGAUGACGACAGAAAAAACAAUGUCUAGCAGCUUUUGUAUACAUCCAACAUGGCAGCCACUGAAGAGCAGUUGACCGUUGCUUCGAUUUAAAGCGUCUUGCUCCACCUAGCUCCCCCCAGACGCCAAAAACGAGAGAGAAAAACUACAUCAAGCACAUUUGUUGACAUUUUUUCUGUCCCUCUGCAUACGUCAUCCCGAUCAUUAGUCUGAUUGGUUGUAGGUCUAGCCAAUCGCGUACAGAGGCAUUUUGAUCUACGUCCGUUGGUCACGACUCUUUCAAAUCUAAAUGGAGUAGAACCUUAAAUAAUGCAAUUGGUAACACUUGUGUUUGUUCAUGUUUAAAAUGGUCACGUUCCAGGUCUAUUUAAGACAUGACUUGAGCAUCGUUGCAUGAGUUUAACUCGCAAGAAGCUUCUUAAUAUAUAAGACCAACAUGCAGUCAAAUCAUUCCAUUGAAAAUGCCAAAGAUCACAGGAGGUAUUAAACAUGUGCUAUUCAAAAUGUUUUAAGGAAAGUUCUGCCAUUCCUCCGGGACAGCACCCAAGAGGGAAUGGGUUCAUUUUCAGCAUGACAACGAUCCCAAACUACCACAGUGCUAAUGCAGUGAAAUCAUAUUUGGAGAGAAAAUCAGCUGAUUAUAACACUAACAAACACAGACUGACCUCCACAGAUUUCAGACCUGAGGCAGUAUGGGAUCAGCUGGACAGAGAAAGAGCCUAAAUCUAAAAGAGAACUCUAGAAAGUGCUGAAAGAAGCCUGGUAUAAUUUGCCAGAAUAAAGAGAAGUUCAAGAUGUGCAUUAAGUGCCAAAUGAGUUCACACUUAUUAUUGACAUUUGCCUGAAGAAACCAUUUUGUUCUAAUAAUGUUGUAUGAUUUUAUUUAUUUUAGUCCACAUAUUUAGUAUAUUUUCAGUUUCAAAGAUACAAAAAUAAAAUGGAUGGUCAUUGAAACUUUGCUAAAACAACAUAGUUAGUGGUGGCUUAAGUUUUUUUUUGCACAGUGCUGUGAUUAUACAUUAAAACAAGUACAUUUUCUAAUAAUAAUGCUUUUUCUAUCCCUGAUGUAAUGAGCACAGCAAAGCACAUGAUGGCACUAUACAUCCAGGUAACAGUUUACUCUCCAACUGAAGUGCUCGUCCACCUCUUCAGUCUCUCUGUUUCAGUGAGUUUUCUGCUCAAUGAUAAAGUGCACAC